AUGAUUCUAUUCUUUUUAUUACAAUACGAAGAUCCAUCAACAGGAGUCGAAUAUGACUCGAAUGGAAGAAGAUCUAUUAUCAGUACUCCAACAAAAUUAACAAAUUUUGUGGUUCCUUCUUCUGUUGAAUAUAUCAAAGGAGGUGAUUCUUCUAAGAAAAGUUCUUUCUUCAAUUGUCGAUCUUCUAUUGUAUCUGUCGUUUUCGAGACAGGAUCAAAACUUUCUAAUAUCGAUGAAUGGGUUUUCGCCGAUAGUUCUUUGCAAACAAUUGAUAUGGAAGCUUGCACAGAAUUAGAGCAGUUGAGUAGAGGUCUUUUCCAAAAUGCAGCAAAAUUAUCGAGUAUUAAAUUUCCUAAAAAUUUAAAAAGACUUAGGGCAGGGUGUUUCUAUUUAUGUAGCUCUCUCAAAGCAGUUACAUUCCCUGAUUCACUAGAAAGAAUUGAUGCAUAUGAAGGUGGUUUCAAUCGAAUGUUCUUUAAACAACUUGAAUCUGUUUCAAUUAGCAGGGAAUCAAAUUUAACAGCAAUUUAUGCUGAUGCAUUUAUGGAUUCCAAACUGAAAUAUUUUUAUAUCCCUUCAAAAUUAACAACAAUAACUCCUUCUGCAUUUUCUAACGUCCCAAUAGAACGGUUUGAAAUAGAUGAUAGAAAUCCUGUAUUUAAAACAGAUGGAAAAGUUAUUUUUGCUAAUUCUAAUAAUGUUACUUUAUUUUUAGUAUCUUCCGCAGUAUCUGGAACCUUCCAAGUCCCUUCUUUUGUCACAAAAAUAAGUUCUCAUUGUUUUCGAGGUGGUUCCGUUCAAAAGAUAAUAUUACAUAACAAAAUCACUAAAAUUGACAAUUGGGCCUUCGCUUCUACAGACAUAGUUCAGUUUGAUUAUGUUUCAAGUAUAACAACCAUAGAACAUUCAACUUUUAAAUAUGCUGCACUACUUGAAACUGUAAAUUUGUCGGAUACGAUUAUAUCAAUUGGAGAAAGUGCAUUUUACUCAUGUCACAAGCUUAAAAAUAUAGUGUUACCGUCUAGAUUACAAAAAAUUGAUAAUCUUGCUUUUGGAAAUUGUGAAUCAUUAACAAAACUAAUUUUACCAGGUACUGUAACUUCCAUGGGCCAGUCUGUUUUCACAAAUUGCUUGCCAACUUUCGAGUUGGAUUGCACACAAAACGAUAAUUUUUAUCUCGACAACGGAAUGUUCUUCAUUGAUUCAAGACACACAUUGUCCGAAUACUUCGGUAAUAGUAACCGAACGGAUAUUUCAAUUCCUCCUGAAUGCACAUCUAUUGCCUUGUCUGUUUUUGAAAAUUCAAACAUAAGAAAUGUUGUUUUCUCAAACAGUGCAGAGUUAAAUGUUGGAAAAGGUGCUUUUUAUUUAUCUGAAGUUGCACAUGUUACAUUUCCUUCAUCAUUGAAAUCAUUAGGAGAUUAUUGCUUCAAGAAUUGUAAACAAUUAGAAACAAUUAUAUUCCAAGGUAACUCUAUAACGGAAAUUCCUUCCGAAUGUUUUUCAGGAUGCACAAAACUAAGAGAUUUCGUUCUUCCUAGCAGCAUUGAAGUCAUCAAUAUAAAGGCAUUUCUUUCAUGCACUUCAAUAGGAGAUGUUUUACUUGAUAAAACAAAUGUUCGAACAAUUCUUGCUGAAGCUUUCAAAGAUUCAGGUUUAUCAAAAAUUGCAUUGCCUUCUACAGCAGAAACAUUAGAUUACAGCUGCUUCCAGAACACAAAAACAACAAGUUUCUCUGCAGCAUGCAAUAUAUCAAUGUUUUGUCUAAAGAACUCUGUUUUAUUGACAACAGUUACAUUGAAACAAUGUGUUGUAACAAUUGGAGAUAGCGCUUUUGAAGGUUGCACAGAACUAGAAUCAGUAAGCCUUUCAGCUUCUGUUGAAUCAAUUCGAUACUAUGCGUUCCAGAGUUGUGCUGAAUUAUCAAAAUUCAAUAUCGAACUUAACAGCAAUCUUAACGAAAUUUAUGGCGGAUGUUUCAACAAUUGUCCAAAUCUUGUAAAUUUGGUACUUGACAGCCAAGAACGGAAUUUGAGAUUUUCGAAUGGAGCUUUGACUGAUUGGGCAGAAACAAAGAUCAUCUGUUUCUUACCUGGAAGCAAUAUUAACACAUUCAUUGUACCAACGAGUAUGAGAACAAUAGGAAACUAUGCGUUCCAAGGUGCAGCGAGAUUGACAAGAGUGUUAUUCAAUGGUAACCAAAUCAAUGAUAUUGGAUACCAAGCUUUCAAAGGAUGCACAAACCUUAACUUUCUGUUCUUUAACUCUCCAAGUCUAACUGUGUUAAAUCCUUCAGCUUUUGAAGACUGUCCAUCCCUUCAACAAUGUGGAACUGUUUCUUGUCCAACGAGUCUCCAAAGUCUCUUUAAAGCUGCAAAAUUUAAAGAAAUCUGCUUUAAAGUCGACUGUCCAAUGAAGAAUGAGUGUACUGUUAUGUGCAGGCUAACAUAA